UAAAACACGCCCUCUCUCGGACGCGGCUGCUUCCCCCGAAAAGAGGAAGUUCGAUGGUGUCGUGCUGCCAGCACAGCCUCCGGUCAGACAGCACACGCAGGGACGCAGCUGCGCCUCCGCCUCUUCGUGGUUCUUCUCGGGCAUUGGACGGACUCGAGUGCCAAAGGCUAUGGCAGCACCAUGCAGCGGAGUGGACGGUAGGGCCAUUCAGAGUGUGGACAACAUCUACACUGAGGCCCAGCUGGCGUCGUGUAAUUCCACGGAUAACUUAGUGAAUACACAGGCAUCGGCGACAGGUGCCAACGCGUCAGAGUUACCUGAAAUUGGCGAGGCUCAGAUCGAUGAUUUUCUUGGACCCAACCAGAACUACAACGAGGAAGAAGAAGAGCGGAAAUAUUUUCGAAGAAAAAGGCUGGCAGUGAUCAAAAAUGUCCUUUCUGCCAGCAUUGGGAGCAUGCUGAUUUAUGGGGUUUACCUAGGGCUCCUACAGAUGCAGCUGAUAUUACACUAUGAUGAAACAUACCGAGAAGUGAAAUAUGGAAACCUCGGUCUUCAGGACAUUGACGACAAGAUGCUGAUGGGCAUUAAUGUUACUCCUGUAGUGGCUCUGCUCUACACACCGGUUCUUAUCAGGUUUCUGGGCACAAAAUGGAUGAUGUUCUUGGCAGCUGGCAUCUAUGCAUUGUUUGUCUCCACCAACUACUGGGAGCGUUACUACACACUUGUUCCAUCAGCAGUUGCCAUUGGUGUUGCUAUAGUCCCAUUCUGGGCAUCAAUGGGCAAUUAUAUCACCAGAAUGGCCCAGAAGUAUUAUGAAUUUGUCAACUAUAAGCAAGAAAAUGUUCAGGAACAGAGGCCGUUGCCCAAGGGUGCAUGCCAUCGUUACAUUAUCAUUUUUAACUCUGUCUUCUACUUCUUUUUUCAUCUCAGCUUUGUGUGUGCAGAAAUGCCCAUGGUCUUCUUCCUGAAGUCCUACCUCAGCAAUGGGAAUCACACCCUUUUCGGCGUUAAAAAUUGUGGUGCCAACAGUGUAGGAAUGAUUGAAGGACUGAACAAGACCAUCUUAUCCAGCCUGCCUCGCAGCAUUAGUCUGAUUGAGGUGGAAAGUGUGCUGAUGGGAGUGGCCUUCAUCUCGAUGUUGAUGAUAUUGAUUCUUUGUGGUUCAGCCUAUCAGCCCACGGAGGAGAUCGACCUCCGCAGCAUCGGCUGGGGGAAUAUUUUUCAGCUGCCAUUUAAACACAUGCGAGAUUACCGCCUGCGGCACCUUUUCCCCUUUUUCAUCUACAGCGGAUUUGAAGUUCUCUUUGCCUGCACUGGAUUUGCCUUGGGCUAUGGGGUCUGUGUUUUGGGCCUGGAGUCGUUUUCCAAUAUCAUCAUCACCUUUGGAUUAUCUGCCUCCGUCUUUUCAUUGCUGUCUGUUUCUCUGCUGCGUCUCCGCCGCCAUGUGAUUCUCCUGAGUGGGGCCUUGGUGCACGUCAUACUGAUCAUCAUUCUCUUCAUCUGGUCACCGUCUCGUGGGAAGGCGUUAAAUGAGCCAUUUAUCCUCAUCUUGGCGGCUCUGUGGGGCCUUGGAAGUGCACUGAACAAGACUGGACUGAGCACUCUUCUUGGAAUGCUGUAUGAAGAUAAAGAACGGCAAGACUUCAUAUUCACCAUUUACCACUGGUGGCAAGCCAUGGCGAUCUUUGUGGUGUACCUUUGGGCUGGACUACCAAUGAAGGCAAAGUUGUCCAUCAUGCUGGUGACGCUGAUAAUCUCCUCACUUUCCUACUGGUGGAUGGAGCGUCGCCUGGCACAGAGAGAUCCUUUCCGCAUUCCCCGCAUCCCUCGGCCAAAGCACAAGGUCAAAGGUUAUCGGUACAUGGAGGAAGAGAACUCCGAUGAAUCGGACUCGGAGAAAGAUGGAGAGAAGGAAGGAGAUGAUGGUGACACCAGUUCACUUGUGGGUGGAGAAGAAGGCGGAGGAGGCCUCGAAGGACAAGAUGGCCACAAACGCAGGAAAGUCGCCGCUUACGAGCAGGCCCAGGAGACCGAGGAGCAAGAGGAGGCCGCUGUGGCCUAACUUGAAAUUGACUGCACCCGAUACCUUUCAGGCUCCACGUCGAAUCUUCAAAAUGACGAUUUAACCCUUGUCUCUGUUUGGACCAGGCAAGCCAACUGGUCCAAAAGAAAAUGCUUGAAUGCAAACUUAUUUUAAUUUUGAUGAGACGUAACUGUGCCUUACAUUAUGAAGAAUUUUGCAUCUGGAGGUUUUGUAUUUUUUU